CUUAGACCAGACGUUGGCGACACAACGCAACCGCAAACCUUACUUCAACACCAUUGCAAGCACCCCCCUCCCUUGGAUAAACGCUCCGUUCCUCCCUUCCGACCAAGCUCAAUGCGCCCGCGAUCCUCAGCGCGCCUUGGCCGCUGCGAUUCGUUUCCUUCUUCAACCGCCUCGUCGACUUGAGACAAGCCCAAUUUAGGCGCACGCCAGACGUCAUGUAUCGUCGCGGGGACCCUCGUUGGAACCGGACUAUACAGAAUAUCGCUGACAAUAUCGAACAUGCAAACGAGUCCACGCAGGAGCACCUCUACUCGUUCACCCAUAGCUACGUGAAUCCCUGCUUAUCGUCCAUCACGCAAUGCUUGAACAGUUGCACGGAGCCGUGUCUCCCAGCGCGCGACGAGCGCCGGCGACACCAUCGUCGUUCGCGGGGGAGAGCCGAGCUGAGCUUCGACUUCUAUGAUGACUGGGAGGAGGAUGAGAAUGAUGGUUUGCUUGGUUGGGGAGGAGACAGCCUAGACAGGAUGCUGGCCGGUUCCAACAGCUACGGCGCAGUGUCACAACCCGGUCGGCAGCGCGCCAUGAGCUACGGGACGAGGAAUCGCGACCCUAGGUACAACGCGGGGAGGAGAAAGAGCGCCGUGCAGCCUCAUGAUGGCGGCCCAGAUCCGACCAUCAUACCGAGCUCAUCAUAUUUUGGGUUCUUGGGGAGACUGCCUUUCAAGAUUGGCGGGAAAGGAUUGCGCUAUAAGCCUUCAGCAGCAGAUCUCACGGAGCAUCCAGGCCAGACUAGAAGAAGUUUAGAAGAGGAACAGCCUCUGAUUGAAGAUAGCGACGAGGAUGCAGGGUCAGGUCCCGAGCACAAGGGGCAUCGUCGACAGAGAAGCCAUACAAACACUUCAGGACACACCACCGACUCGCUUAGUUCGAGAGGAGACAUAUUCCCCAGCGAAGAUGAAUUAGACGAUGCUGUACCUUUGGACGACGAAUUCACGGCCGCGCUCGAAAGACGCACAACGAGUCAAUGGCAAGAUGAGAGCAGCAGUGGGAAGGCUCACUCCAUAAGAGGAGGGAAAAGACCGAGCCAUUCCCAGUUAUCUAGCCGCAGAGCGUCGUCGCGCAAUUCGCGAGGCUCCCGACGGAAGAGCAAUGACGAUACGAACAAACUGCUCUCCUCAUCCCCGACUCCGGAAGAAGCCCCUACAUUAUCGGAUCUAAAGCAAGAAGAGGAACGCAUUCGAUUGCAAGAAGAAGGCGAAAUCGAGCGCAGGCGCCACGAAGCCCAGAAACUCGCCGUGCAGCGUGGUCUCGCAACGAACUCAGACCAACACCUCAGCGUCCGAUCGGCCUCGCCCUCCUCCAUGAAGAUGCGCCGGUCGCCUUCGCCUUCCUACAGGCUCACCCAAAGCAUACAAAGGGAGAGAUCCCGCUCUCCACUGGUCGCUCCGCCAGCUACCGAUACACACAACCCCGCCGACCUCGCGCCGUUCCCGCAGUUCGAAGAGCCGCAGACUGCCCCGGAUAGCGGGUCUUUCCAUAUCGAUGACAGCGAUUAUUCGAGCUUCGCGCCGACGCCGAAUCGCCCGCUCUCGCUGAUUAAUGAGCCGAGAGAGAUACCGGCCGAUUCGAACUUCGUACCUGCUCGACUGCCACAUUUCGAUUCUUAGCUACCGUAUUGGAAGGUUUGAACUAUUAUAGGGGUUGCAGAAAUGGCGGGAGGUUUUCAGUGCACACUUGAGCUGUGCAGAUGAUUUACCAGAGCCUAUUGGCUCCCUACCGGUGCACAUAGAGAUUGCUUGCUCUCCCAAGGGAUUCAGCUAUGCCUCUGGCACACAGCUGUCAGCUUGCAGUAGAGUCGAAUGAAAGGUAAUGACUUGAGAGCAGUUGUAUUACGGAUCAUGAACUGCAUGUACGUUUAAUGUCUUGCAUAUGAAUUGAAGCAUUUUAUGUGCUCCUUCCCAGCUGGUAUUUUCUUCACAAGCUCGAAAGUGAGUAGAUAGAUGGUUAGAUAGAUAGAGAAUUAAAGCAUCAAAGUUCGAC